CCUCCACACAUAUCAUCCCAGGUGACCAACACCAACAAAAUACUAAGCAUAUAGUCCUUAUAAUGUUUGGACAAAAUAAUUCUUCUGGUUUCGGCGGAGGAACUGGGGGUUUUGGACAAAAUAACCAACAGACCGGAGGUUUGUUUGGGUCCAAUACUAAUACUACAGGGAAUAGUUUAUUUGGUUCCCAAAACAAUACUACAAGUGGCUUUGGACAGAACACAGCUCAACCUCUUUUCGGAUCAAACUCAGGAGGGAGUUUGUUUGGUAAUCGCAACCCAGCUCCUGCUUCAACAGGUACAGGGUUUGGAAUGUCUUCGGGAACCGGAACCGGGACCGGGACCGGUUUAUUUGGUCAAUCUAGCACUCCUGCGUUUGGCGGUACGAACACAUCUGGUGGCGGUGGCCUUUUCGGUAACACAGGCGCUGCUGCUGCUCCGUCUACUGGUAGUGCAUUUUCAUUUGGAUCGAACAACGCAGGAACGACUGGUGGAUUUGGUAGUGCUCCUGCGAACACUGCUCCUACCGGUGGUUUCUUUGGAUCACAAAAUAAUCCUUCUGCAAGCACUGGAUUUGGUUCUCAGCCUUCUGGUGGUGGCUUGUUUGGAUCAGCAUCGACUGGUCAAGCUCCUGCUUUCGGUUCCUCGGGAUUUGGAGCAGGAAGCACGAAUACGAUCAAUGGUACGGCUAAUCCUCCUUACGCGGUAACAUCUGAGAAGGACGCACAAACUAAUGGUACAAGUGCCUUCCAGUCCAUAACGUGUAUGCCGGCGUAUAGGCAGUAUUCUUUUGAAGAGUUACGCUUACAAGAUUAUAAUCAAGGUCGUCGAUAUGGAAAUCCUGCGAAUGUAACUUCUACUCCGUCGACUUUCGGAUCAACUCCAGGAUUUGGUACUUCUACUACUGGUUUCGGUCAGGCAGCCACUCCUACUUCAAAUUCUAUCGCUCCCUUCGGAUCUUCUAAUACGAAUACUAAUGCUGGUGGAGGUCUUUUUGGUGGCGGUUCUGCAUUCGGUGCUAACAAUACGAAUACCACAUCUGGAUUUGGUGCAAAUACUGCAAACACUGGAGGAGGUGGUGGUUUAUUUGGCCAAUCAAAUCAACCAUCAACAACUCCUUCAACUGGUUUAUUCGGCGGCGGCUCGACAUUUGGACAACAAAAGCCAGCUUUCGGUUUUGGUUCUAAUACAAAUACUGGUGGCGGAGGGCUUUUUGGCUCUUCUACCUCUAACACCGCUACAAAUACUGGUACAGGUACCGGCGGUGGUUUGUUUGGCAAUACUGGAGGUGGCUUCGGAGCAAAUAAUACAACUACGGGAUUUGGUAGCACAGCCCCAAGUAAUCCACCCGCAUCUAAUACACCUGGUGGUGGUUUGUUUGGAUUUGGUAACAAUUCAGCUUCCGGACCAAAUGCGCCUCCCAGUACAGGCCUCGGCACUGGUGGUGGGUUCUCUUUUGGUGCCAAUAACGCCGCUUCUAAGCCAUCGGGAUUUGGAUUUGGCUCCACUGUGGGUACCGGUACAGGUACAGGUACUACUGCUCCUGCGUCAUCGGGUUUUUCUUUUGGUCAACCCUCUAGCACAACUCCUAAGCCUGCAUUUGGGGCUAGUCCUGCCGCACCCUCUACUAAACCUGCUGGUAGCGGUUUAUUUGGUGGAUUCGGUGCUGGUAGCGCGCCUUCUGCAACUACAAAUAAUACAACUGGUACCACAGGUUCUACAGGAGGUUUGUUUGGUAACGCAGGAUCUACUGGCGGAGGUUUAUUUGGGAACACCAAUACUGGUACUGGUGGUUCAGGUCUUUUUGGAAAUAAUACGAAUAACCCUCCCAGCACAGGAGGCGGUUUAUUAGGAUCUAGUACAAAUAAUACCUCGGCGCCGGGUACUAGUCUUUUUAAUAAGCCAUCAACAGGAACUGGAUUAUUUGGUUCUAGCAAUACAUUUCAGCAACCUUCUACUGGUUCGUCUGGGUUAUUUGGAUCAGCUAACGCCAAUAAUCAAACGCAACCAUCGACUUUGGGUUCUGGAUUAUUUGGAGGUGCUUCUCAAAUCGGGCAGCAGCAGCAGCAGCAACCUCUUCAAGCCAGCAUUGAUCAGAAUCCAUAUGGCAGUAACCCAUUAUUUUCUAGCACGGUUUCUCAAGCUCCACCAACUACGAUACAGGAACCUAUUGCUUCACCUUUAACAACCAAGCCUGCACCAAAGAAGGCAGCUUCAUUACCCCAGUUUUGGUUGUCACCUAGAUCCAGUAAUCGUUCUAAUGUUGCUUCGAUUUCUCCUUUUGCGAAGUCUGCAGUAAUGAAUUCGGCUAGUGCUCCCAGCAAGCCAAAAUCGUUGCAUCUGUUUGAUUCAUUAAAUGAUGACGUUUUAUUAAGUAAGGAUGCUUUCACUCCUAGACAAAAUAUUAAGAAAUUGGUUAUAACUCACAAGGUCUCUCGAGGUGAAGUUCUUCGAAAUGAAAACCCAUCUGAACCUUCUGAAGUACCAAAGGCAAAUGGAAUUGUGAAGGAAGAGACACCAAAGGUUGACAGUGACCGAACUUACACUUUACCUGACGGCUACUGGAUGAAACCAGGAGUCGAAGAACUGGCUAAAUAUCCUAAGGACAAGUUAAGUUCUGUACACCAGUUUUGUGUUGGGCGUGCUGGUUAUGGUCAAGUUUCCUUUUUAAAACCGGUCGACUUGACUAAAUUCGAAAAAGUUGAGGAUAUCCCUGUUAAUGUUGUUCUUUUUGAGAAAAAGAUUUGUUCUGUUUAUCCUGAGGAAGGGUCUAGUCCACAGAUUGGAGAAGGUUUGAAUGUUCCAGCUAUUAUCACUCUUGAAAACGCAUGGCCUUUAUCUCGAGAAACAAGGGAGCCUAUCAAAGAUGUCAAUCAUCCUAGAUACGCUCAGCAUUUGAAACGUCUUCAACGAAUUAAGGAAACGGAGUUUAUUGAUUUUAAUGAGGGUAAAUGGACCUUCAAAGUACAACAUUUUUCUAAAUAUGGACUGUUCGAUGACGAUUCUGAAAACGACGAAAAUUUAGAGGAUGAGCCCGUUAGUAGUGAAGUUCCAAUGAAAAGUGAUUCAGGUAAUUCAGAAAUGUAUGAGAAGUCGGAUCAUCAAGGUUCGCAAUCUAAUAAGACACAACUUACUCACAAUACUCCAGGCUCUUUUCCUCCUACAAAUAAUCAAUCAAAUGCUUUACGUAAAUUCAAUGAUCAAAGUGAAAAUUUUGAUGAACUUUCAAUAAAGAAAGCAAAGUUACGGACUGAUGAAAGUGGACGUUUAUCCCAAACGUCUUCAAAAGAAAAUGAGAUAAAGAAUGAAUUUGAACCAAAUGAUCUUCUACUGAACAUGACGGAUGAUCCUAACGACUCGAAUGAUUUGAAAAGUCAGGAUAAUAUGGACGAUGAGCCUGAUGAAGUAGUUGGUUCAGAUAUCCAAAAUUCGAUGGUGACAGUCAGUAAUUUGAUUAAUCCGGAUACGUGGCUGGAGCACCUGAAUUUGGGGUUACAGAGAUCUGUAUUAAUAAAAUCUAAGAUGGCGAACACCUCCUCGGUACAAGACAAUAAGGAACAAGCUGGUAGCUUUGCUUAUGAUCAAUAUGACUUAGAAAAAGACCUUUUCGGUAGUAGCUUACCUACCAAACUCGUUUCAUCGGAUUCUGACGACUCCAGUAUAAAGUUUCUUCCGAAGUUUCAUUUUUACCCUAAUGGAUCAUACGUACAAAUAAUAAAUGGAAAGCUUAAAUUAGAUGCAUUGGAAAAAGUAUUCCGUCUCUCUAUCUCAGCCAAUGAGGAUUUUAUUAAGCCACUUGAGUAUCAGCUUUCUGAAAGCGAAAUAUACGUCGAUGCUAAUGAUAUAUGCUCUGUAUCACCACGCUUAUCAAUGGCUAUUGGUGACUUAGCAGCCUUUACAAAAAGCUCUGACGAAAUAAAAAUAUGGGAAUUAGCAUCAAUUUUAUUUGGCAUGAAGGAUUUUGAGGUCCCGACGCCUUUGUCUCCUGAGGCUCGAGAGCUGCUUUCCGAAAAGUUUAUUCGCGAUCGUGUGUCUGAAUGGAUUACAAAGCACGUCAAAGAGGAAAUUUUAGCGAAAGCUCAAAAGGCAGCUAGUUCAGAAGAAAAAAUAUUUAUUUUAUUAACUGGAAAUCAAAUUAGCCUUGCAUGCGAAGAAGCAGUAAACUCGGAAAACAACCGUUUAUCAACACUGAUACCCCUUGUAGAUAGUGAUUUUGAUAUUCAAGCGGAAGUUAAGCAACAAUUGGAUCAAUGGAGAGAGCGAGGUGAUCUUGCUUAUAUAAAUAAGUAUACCCGUCUUAUUUUUGAACUUCUCUCUGGUAAUACUGAUUUAGCUGAGGGUUAUGGAAGGCCUGGAGAAGAGGGUUACGUUCCUUCGAUGUUUGUUUCUCAAGGGUUAAGCUGGUUAAGCGCUUUUGGACUGAAGUUGUGGUACAACGUUGAUAUUAGUAUUACAGAAGCGAUGUCAAUGUACAUGAAUUCUUUAAAAAUGUACGAGAAGGACUUACAAAGACCGAUAGUUUGUGGUGGUUCCAAUGGAGAAGUUUAUGACCUUUUGUUUUUAUUAUUGAAAGCUUAUGCUAUUGGGGCAGUUCUAGAAGAAUUAACGCUUCCAGAAAGCGCAAAAAGCAAUGGGCUUGACUAUCGAGUGGUUUGGCAAUUAGCAAUAUACCUCUCGAAAGCGCGAGCUGUUUUUGAUUUUUCGGACAGAGAUGGCCUGGAUGAAGUAUUAGAUGAAAACGGUGUACACUUCAAACCUCAGAGCGUAAGAGCAGAUACUCUGACACCUUCAUUUGCAUCUCAACUUGAAUGUAUGGGCCAUUGGCAAUGGUCCAUUUUUGUGCUACUGCACGUCGAAAAUGUUGAAACACGUAUAUCUAGCAUAAAAGAAUGCCUUGGUCGUAACGUGAAAUCAGGUUUAGCUGAUAAGGAUGAAAAACUAAUGACCAAAUUACUUAUCCCUAGAAAUUGGAUUCAUGAAGCAAUGGCAUUAAACGCUCGUUACAAUGGAGAACAUGCCAAAGAGGUAACUUAUCUUCAAGAAGCAAAUCUAUUUGAAGAAGCCCAUAAAUGUUUAAUCCGAAGCAUUGCUCCUCAAGCCAUAAUUAGCAACAACUUUGAAGAGUUAAGAUGCUUAUUGGGAGGAUUCCAGGAAAGAAUGGAAGGAAUAAUAGGCUGGAAAUUUGGUGGUCAAUUGUACUCAGAUUAUCUUGACCUGGUAGAAGGGAAGUUUGAAACUGAUGUCGAAACGUUGAAAUUUAUUUUACAAAGAAUUACUGUUGCAUUAAAAGAAGCUGAAUCACAAACAAUUUAUCAAAAGGCCUCUUUGCACAAGAUGAUUCGUUUUGUUAACAAACUUUGCAUAAAUCAGUCGUUAGACGAUGUUGCGUUUAGUUUGCCUCUCACUACUGCUAACAGUCUUCAAAAUUUGCAGUAUAUUUCUGUUCAAUAUUGAAGCUAUCUUCUUUGAUGUUUACGUGAGUUUAUUUUUGACUUAGAAAAAUGUUAUAUAUAUAUAUAUAUAUAUAGGUGAGACUUCCUGUAAAUAGUUUAGCUCUCUCAAUGUAUUUUUUCCAUAGGUUGGUUUUCGUGUAAUGCAACGGUAGCUGAAAUUUCUAAAUUUUAGAAACAGUUUUAAGAACUAGAAUUC